UUGAGAAGAUCCCCCUCUUUAUGAAGAAAGCGCCAUCAGAGAUCAAUCCCCGAGAGAGCCCCGACCUGGCUUGCCUCCAGUCAAUAAUUUUUGAUGACGAACGAUCCCCAGAAGAGCAGGCCAAGACCUAUAAGGAUGAAGGCAAUGAUUACUUUAAAGAAAAAGACUACAAGAAGGCUAUGAUUUCCUACACUGAAGGAUUGAAGAAGAAAUGUGCAGACACUGAUUUGAAUGUUGUCCUUUAUACCAACCGGGCAGCAGCACAGUACCACCUGGGCAAUUUUCGUUCUGCUCUCCAAGACGUGAUGGCUGCCAGGAAGCUCAAGCCCUGCCACCUGAAAGCAGUAGUGAGAGGUGCCUUGUGCCAUCUGGAACUGAGGAACUUUGCCGAGGCCGUGAGCUGGUGUGAUGAGGGACUGCAGAUAGACGGCAAAGAGAAGAAGCUUCUGGACACGAGGGUGAAAGCAGACAAGCUGAAGCGAAUGGCACAGAGGGAUCUAAGGAAAGCAAAAUUGAAGGAAAAGAAGGAGCAGGAUCAGAACGAAACUUUAAUCCAGGCCAUUCAGGCUCGCAACAUCAGGUUAGUUUCUGGAGCGGCCGGUGAAGAUGAAGAUUCUGCUUCUGAAGGUCCAGGCGCUCUGUCGCUGGACGGGCCCGAUGCUGAGAACCCCUGUGGAGCCCGAGUGACUCUGGACGAGCAGGGCAGGCUGGGCUGGCCGGUGCUCUUUCUGUACCCAGAGUAUGCCCAGUCGGACUUCAUCUCUGCCUUUCACGAGGACUCCAGGUUUAUUGACCACCUGAUGGUGAUGUUUGCUGAGACGCCCUCUUGGGACGUGGAGCAGAAAUACUGUCCUGAUAAUUUACAGGUCUACUUUGAGGAUGAGGAGCGGGCAGAGCUGUACCGCGUGCCUCCGGAGAACACCCUGCUGCAGACCUUGCAGCACUCCAGGUACUCGGUAAAAGCCCUGACACCAGCAUUUUUGGUCUGUGUCGGAUCCUCUCCUUUUUGUAAGAAUUUUCUCCAGGGGAGAAAGGUGCACCAAGUGAAGUGACCAGGCUGGGCUGUGGAGCCAGAGCCCCGGGCUGCACCCUCCCUUUCCUGUGGCUGGAGUCCAGUGCUGUAUGUCACUGUUAGGACAGUGCCUCCCAGCCCCAAGCCAGGGGGCUGCUGCUGAUGUCCCUGGACUACAGCCUCUCUGGCCAGUGCGCAACGCUAGCUGGCCUCCACUCGCCUCUGUGGGCAGAACUGUCCUUGAACUCAUGACAAGCUAACUAUUAGCCACCUCUCAGAAGAGACCGGAGACUGCAAUUACCACAGCAGCUGACCCAAGUAGCGACUGGCCUGUGGAGACUGGCUUGGGACCAGGGACAUGGCUCUCAUCGGCUGUGGAAGGAGGACGAUUCACAAAAGCUAUGCUCACAUAAGCAAAUGGUACAUCUAGCUCUAUGGCACUGACCGACCACAGGCGUCUCGGCUGUGAGACCUGGGCUUCCAGCUAUUUCUUGUGCACCGGGGGCAUUGAGUGGGAUGUUAUAGGUGCCUUGGGGUGGGGCGGAGCCAGGAAAGCCCUAGCCCCCAUCUACAUUUACACACAGUGUCCACAGGUCCUUGGUACUGGACCUUCAGAGUACUGCAGGGUGGAGGUCUGCCACAGACUGGAGCUCUGAAUUCCUCCCGUUUUCACGUUUGGGUGUCGUGCCUCUUAAAAGACUGUGCAUGCUGGG